AUGACUCGCCCUCUGCAGUGCCUUACUUCCCUGGUGGUGUUGGCCUUAGUGCUCGGCCAGUCAGCCCAUUGUGCUGUAGUCAAGAAGUCGUCAGCCCCAGGAAGCCAGACUCCCCUCUACGACGAAGACCAAAAAAGUAUCGACGGCCAUUGUUAUGUCACGCGACUUUUCGCUGACAAAACUGAAUAUGAAAAGCAUUGUGAGGAGAAGUCAACUUCCAAAUGGCCAUGCUUCAAAAGUUCAGAUUCCGCCUCUCUCAAGUACACCACCAUUGAACCUUGGCUUGAACCUUUCGAUAUGUCGAAAGAGAUCGUAUUGAUGGACAACACAGCAAGCGCUUUCACGUUGAGUGAUCCCUCGGUCGCGUUUACAAUCACAUACCCCUCUGGUGUCAGCCUAAGGUACUAUGACUAUGACGACAAGACCGGAUGCUACAAGAUUCACCUGCACACUGUAGUUGAUUUGCGUAUCUUCGUUUCAGACGGAAACGGAGACGAUCGGGACAUUGACACCAGACACCAUACGGACACGGGCAAGCAACUGUGCUCCAAGUGGAUCACAAUCGAUAUUGUAGACGACAUAUAG